CGAACGCUCCAUAUCCGGGUUCCCGCCGCCGCUGCCGCGGCCGCCUCGCUCAUUCAGCUUUGCCGGGAGUGGUGUGAUUCCCGACCAAAAUGGCGGCUGUGGGGCGAGUCAGCUCCUUCGGCUCUUCUCCGCCGGGAUUAGCCUCGACUUACACGGGCGGCUCCUUGGCCAACGAGCUAACCUCGGGCAACGGCGGCGCUGCAGCAGGCGACGACGAGGACGGGCAGAACCUUUGGUCCUGCAUCCUCAGCGAGGUCUCCACCCGCUCGCGAUCCAAGCUCCCCGCGGGGAAGAACGUCCUGCUGCUGGGUGAAGAUGGAGCUGGGAAAACAAGCUUAAUAAGAAAAAUUCAGGGAAUAGAGGAGUACAAGAAAGGAAGAGGAUUGGAAUAUUUGUACUUAAAUGUUCAUGAUGAAGACAGGGAUGAUCAAACAAGAUGUAAUGUGUGGAUCUUAGAUGGAGAUCUGUAUCACAAGGGCCUCCUGAAAUUUUCACUGGAUGCCAUUUCUCUGAAGGACACUCUAAUUAUGCUGGUUGUUGAUAUGUCAAAGCCUUGGACUGCUUUGGAUUCUUUACAGAAAUGGGCAAGUGUUGUUAGAGAACAUAUUGACAAAUUGAAAAUUCCUCCUGAAGAAAUGAAAGAAAUGGAACAAAAGUUGAUUAGAGACUUUCAAGAAUACGUAGAGCCAGGAGAAGAUUUUCCAGCUUCUCCUCAGAGAAGAAAUACCAUGUCACAGGAAGACAAAGACGACAGUGUGGUUUUACCCCUGGGUGCGGAUACACUUACACACAACUUGGGCAUUCCAGUACUAGUAGUUUGCACAAAGUGUGAUGCCAUUAGUGUAUUGGAGAAAGAACAUGACUACAAAGAUGAACAUUUUGAUUUUAUUCAGUCACAUAUCCGGAAGUUUUGUUUACAGUAUGGUGCAGCACUUAUUUACACUUCAGUAAAAGAAAACAAAAAUACAGAUUUAGUAUAUAAAUACAUCGUUCAGAAACUAUAUGGAUUUCCGUAUAAGAUUCCUGCUGUUGUGGUGGAAAAAGAUGCAGUAUUCAUUCCAGCGGGGUGGGAUAAUGAUAAGAAAAUAGGAAUAUUACACGAAAAUUUUCAAACAUUAAAAGCAGAAGAUAAUUUUGAAGACAUUAUAACUAAACCACCUGUUCGAAAGUUUGUGCAUGAGAAGGAAAUUAUGGCAGAAGAUGACCAAGUAUUUCUUAUGAAGCUACAGACCCUGUUAGCAAAGCAACCACCAACUGCAGCUGGGCGGCCUGUGGAUGCUUCACCAAGAGUCCCAGGAGGCUCCCCUCGAACACCAAACAGAUCAGUGUCAUCCAAUGUUGCCAGCGUGUCACCCAUCCCUGCUGGGUCAAAAAAAAUUGAUCCAAACAUGAAAGCUGGAGCUACAAGUGAAGGUGUCCUGGCAAAUUUCUUCAAUAGUUUGCUGAGUAAAAAGACUGGUUCUCCGGGAGGCCCCAGUGUUGGUGGUGGCAGCCCUGGAACUGGGGCUGGAGGUGGAAGCAGUGGUUUACCACCAUCUGCCAAAAAGUCAGAAAGAAACCUCCAACCUAUUAGCAGUUACUCCUUCCCUCCCCUGGAGACCCAAGUCCUGGGCCAGAAGCCUGUCCUAUCAGAUGUUCAUGCGGAACUGGACAGAAUUACACGAAAACCAGUCACAGUUUCUCCUACAUCACCAACAUCUCCUACGGAAGGAGAAGCUUCUUGAAGAUACCAAAUAAAGCCAUUUAUUCAGUUUUCUGGGAUAAUGUAAACUUGCCUCUGCCUUUUCCUUCAAGAGCGGAAUUAGGGAGCUGCAGUGCUUUGUCAGAUGGAGUAACUUAUCUUUUUUUGUGGUUGCCCAUUUUUAUAAAAGGAAGCUAUACAGAAGAAAAGUGAUUCUUCACUAUGUAGGAUUGCUGUUUGCAUUGCCACUUUGCAUAAGGAAGUUUUGGAUUUUGAAAACCUCAAAAUUUAUAGAUCUGAAAUUAAACCAUGUGAUCAUAUUCUAAAAGCUACUUAAAACAUACAGGAAGGUUUAGGGAAAGGCAGAAAACAACAUGCUUUGGGCAUUUGACUGACUUGGAAGUCCAAGCUUAUUUUAGUUAAGACUAUCCCAAAUCAUUUUUUAAAAUUAUGUGUUAGUUUUACUGGAAAAAAGAUGAUGAUUAUCAAAUUUUCCACACCAACAUAAAUAUACCACCACAAAUGGAAUUUGCUGAGAAAACUAUCAGAUAGCAUUUGAUACACUAGUCAUUGUCUAAAUCAAUGAUCCUAUAAGUUGUUAUCAAAAUAGAAUUUAAAAUAUUGGUCAAGAUUCAUUUCUGUGAGAAGAAAAGAAAGCACACUGCCUAAAUGUGUAAAGGAAAAAUGCAGAGGUUAUUAAUGUAAAGCGGUAACAGUCUUUGGAUUUGUCUAUAUAUAUAUGUCAUAUAUAUGUAUGUCAUAUAUAUAUGUAUAUAUAUAUGGCUCUGCCUUAAUACACCCCCUUUUUGUUUGUGACUUUCAAUUGUAAUCAGUUAAUAAAGUAUUUAUUCUCUGCAUUCAGGUUCAAA